AUGGAGCUGCGCUCCGAGCUGCCUAGCGUGCCGGGCGCAGCGACGGCGGCGGCGACAGCGACAGGGCCGCCCGUGGCGUCGGUGGCGUCGGUGGCGGCGGCGGCGGCGGCCGCCGCGUCGCUCCCGGUGAGCGUGGCGGGCGGCUUGCUACGAGCGCCGCCGCUGUUGCUGCGCGCGGCGGAGAAGUACCCGCGGACCCCCAAGUGCGCGCGCUGCCGCAACCACGGCGUGGUGUCGGCGCUCAAGGGCCACAAGCGCUACUGCCGCUGGAAGGACUGCCUGUGCGCCAAGUGCACGCUCAUCGCGGAGCGCCAGCGCGUCAUGGCGGCGCAAGUGGCGCUGCGCAGGCAACAGGCGCAGGAGGAGAACGAGGCGCGCGAGCUACAGCUGCUCUACGGCACUGCCGAGGGCCUAGCGCUCGCUGCCGCCAACGGCAUUAUCCCGCCGCGACCUGCCUACGAGGUCUUCGGCUCGGUGUGCGCCGCCGACGGCGGGGGGCCGGCAGCGGGAGCGCCCGCGGGGACCGGAGGCGGUGCAGCUGGCGCGGGGAGCUCAGAGGCCAAGUUACAGAAGUUUGACUUGUUCCCCAAGACGCUGCUUCAGACCGGCCGCCCGGGCAGCCCGCAGCCGCCACCAGGGAAGCCCUUAUCACCCGACGGCGCAGACUCGGGUCCCGGGACGUCUUCUCCGGAGGUACGGCCGGGCUCGGGCUCGGAGAACGGCGACGGGGAGUCCUUUUCCGGGUCGCCCUUGGCCCGGGCGUCUAAGGAGGCAGGUGGGAGCUGCCCGGGCAGCGCAGGCCCGGGAGGCGGUGGCGAGGAGGACAGCCCGGGCUCCGCCAGCCCUUUGGGCUCCGAAUCUGGUUCCGAGGCCGACAAAGAAGAGGCAGAGGCCGCCCCCGCUCCAGGGCUGGGCGGGGGCCCGGGUCCACGGCAGCGGACGCCGCUGGACAUCUUGACGCGCGUCUUCCCGGGCCACCGGCGAGGCGUCCUGGAGCUGGUGUUGCAGGGUUGCGGCGGCGACGUGGUGCAGGCCAUCGAGCAGGUGCUGAACCACCACCGCGGGGGUCUGGCGGCCGGCCUCGGCCCCGCCGCGCCCCCUGAUAAAGCCGCAGUGGGUGCAGUAGCAGCUGCGGAAGACGCGUGGCCGGGCCGCGUCGACGCCGCCGCUGCCGGGGGCCCAGGGCUGCCCGCGCCGUUGCAGGCCGGCCCCGCCGCCCCUCCACACCACAGACCUUUGCUCGCCGGCGCCAUGGCGCCUGGGGCGCUGGGCUCGCUGAGCAGCCGCUCGGCCUUCUCGCCGCUGCAGCCCAACGCUAGUCACUUCGGCGCCGACGCCGGCGCCUACCCCCUGGGCGCGCCGCUCGGCCUCAGCCCCCUGCGCCUGGCCUAUUCGGCGGCAGCGGCGCACAGCCGUGGCCUGGCCUUCAUGGCUCCCUACUCGACCGCCGGCCUGGUCCCCACACUCGGCUUCCGCCCGCCCAUGGACUACGCCUUCAGCGACCUCAUGCGCGACCGCUCGGCCGCCGCCGCCGCGGUGCACAAGGAACCCACUUACGGUGGCGGCCUGUAUGGGCCUAUGGUCAAUGGCGCCCCUGAGAAGCAGUAGGGCGAGGGGCCCGGCAUCCAGGUGGCCCCCAAACGGGGACCCCUGCCUUGAUCCCGCGGGCCGCCGGUCCCUCUUCGCCAGGUGCACCCUCUGCGCCCCGGCUCGGGUCCUCUCGCUCAAAGGUGAUUUUCAGUUUUGUUUUGGAAGGGUGGGGGGCUGAGCAAAAGGGAGCAACUACAGAUGCAGGUGUACUCAGAGGGGGUGCGUGGCUUGAACCCCUCCUCAAGGCUCCACCAGCCCUUCAAAAGGCGGGGAACUCUUGAGAUUCAGAGGCCGAGGCCGCCGCACGCGCUCCUCGCCUCUCCUUCUGCUGUGCGCGUCCCGCCGGCCCGCUCUCCAGUGGAUGACAGGAUAGUCCGAGAGUCUGUCUUCUAUGUCUCCCUCUCCUUAUUAAAAUUUUUAAAAAAUAUUCGCUCUAACAAAUAUAAAUUUAGGAUGUAUAAAUCUCUUGGCACUGAGUCGAGUCUUUGGGACACACAUAUAUAUCGAUAUCAAUUGUAAAAAAAAAAAAAAGGAAACAAGUUCUAAGGUGCACUUUCCUCGUUGCGGUAUUUGUCGCUCUCUUUGUUGCUUAUGCCGAUAAGCAUGGGUUUCCUUGGUGCAGUGUGAGUUUUUAUAUAUGUAUAAAUCUAUAUAUAAUCUAUACAUAUAUAUAUACAAGCCAGUGUAUAAUGUUAUAAAUGGAAUUCUAAGUUAU